CACCGCUUAUGCGUACCGACCUUCCACCACCACCAGAGCUUACCUGCUGAUGACGUUCUAAAGCCAAAGCAGUGCUGUUUCAGCCAUGUUAGUUACUCAACUCACGCUACGGCGGCGGAUUUCAGUAUCGUUUCUGUGUUUUUCGCAGGUUUCGCGCACAAACGGUCGCAUCCGUACUCGAAAAUACACCCGCGUGUGCCCAACUAGCCCAGCAUUGUCUGCAUCUCAUUAGUACACGGUGAAAUUCAGUAUGUGAUCGCUGUGGGCCACUUACAUGACCCACAUAUUAUUAAAACCCAUCGAGAGUGUGUUCAAGAUUUAACUUAUUGUUAGUCGGUGGCGAGAGGUCAUUGCGACGACAUGAGGUCCUAGGAGUCACUAGCUGGGCUAAAAAUGUCAAAUAAAAAGUCAUUCGCUGGCAAGGCAGCUGUGGAACAGGGUACGGUACCCCCCAGGUACCAACCGCCCCCCAUACCCAACGGGCAGGGCAUAUUGAAGCACCCACCGAAAGAUGCCAAGUAUCCCUCGAAGAUCCCGGAAAACGUCAAGGUGAUCUACCCCGCGGACCAAGCGAAGUACUACCCCAAUCCACAAGGUAAGCCGUACCAUUACCCCCAGUACCCUCCACAACAAAGAACUUUGGAAGACGGCAGGACCACCCAGGUACAAGUACACCAGGAUAACUCUCGACCUAGGCCUUUAGAUGAGCCAGGGAUUCCUCAGAUCCAUCCAGAUUUAAGGAUACCGCAACACAGACAACCAAUAAGGUACGAAGAAGAAUUCCUCCGACCGGAAAUGCUGAAAUUCGUGCGAAAACCCGAAGACCCAAGGAUCAUAGACCAAAACAGGCAGAUACAAAACAUACUUUUAGAACUACGCUCUCUAAAAGAAGCCAAUCAACACCUCGCAGACGACAACCAGGAGCUGAGGGACUUAUGCUGCUUCCUUGACGACGACAGGCAGAAGGGUAGGAAACUAGCCAGGGAAUGGCAACGUUUCGGCAGGUACACCGCCAGCGUCAUGCGGCAGGAAGUCUCGGCGUACCAAACCAAACUUAGGGAGUUGGACAACAAGCAGCAGGAGCUUAUAAAGGACAACUUGGAGUUGAAGGAGUUGUGUUUGUAUUUGGAUGAAGAGCGCGGUGGAAACUCUUUGUGUCCAACUUGUGGUAGUGCACCGGCUGGGAAUUUAAGAGACGAUGGGGAUGGUUCCAGUUCAAGUACAAACGCUGACGAACCAGCUGUCCCCCAGGAGUUUAACUCCGGAAACGGCGCGCCGAGGAGGUCGGCCAGUAGGGAGAGGCUGCUGCAUGAAAAUUUGGCCCGACAAAGGAGUACCUUUAAUGACCAAAUAAUGCAGUACGUGCGGAACCUGGAGCAGCGCGUCAAGCAGCUGGAAGACGACAAGCGCUCGCUCACCCACAAAAUCAAUCAGAUCGCCUCCAGUACGGGCGACCCGUCCAUCGCAGUCCCCCAGGACAACGGCGUGGUGGGCGCGCUGAGCGGCCGUCCGGAAGCCGUCGUGCGGGCCCUCCAGGUUCUCGAAGUUCGAGAACAGUUGGAGAGAGAGGGCCGCAUGCCCGAACGAGGAGAGAACAUGUCGGACACGACCUCCCAGGACAUGGAUGAUGGAGAGAAGGCGCUCGUUCGCGAGAUGUGUAAUGUGGUAUGGAGAAAAUUAGAAGAAGGUCCAUCGCCUACUAGACGAUAGUGUUCCCCUAACAAACCAGCACCUCUCCUUCUAAAUGUACAAUUUUCUUGCCAAUAAGAAAAUCUUAGUUAUACUAAUAUGUAUAUAUAUUUUCCCUAUUAAAAAGUAUUAUUGUU